AAUUCAGAUACGUAAACGAACGUUGGCUGAAUUGCUGCCGGUGACCCAAGCAGUGGGUCACCACCAUCAUCAUGAUUAUUCUGAUUCAUCAUUUGAUGAAGUUAAAAUCUUUGAUCAACAAGAUGAUGAUGAUGAUAACCACUAUGAACAAUCACCAACGUCGAAACAAUCAAAAACAAAAUUAAUUCGUCAUUUUAGCUAUGAUGAUUUGUCAUUCCAAUCUGAUCUAGUACGGUCUAUUUCAUUGGAUGAUUCAUUAUUGAUUCAUCAAUUGCCACCGAAAUCCAGUGAUGAUCAAUCAUCAAUCAAAAAUCAUCAUGAUAAUAGUAAUCAAUUUCAAAAACCAAAACAGAAAAAAAUUUUCAAAUUUCAUCAAAUUAUGGCCAACAAAUUUUCACGUAAUCAUUUCAGAACAUUUCUACAAAGAUCAUUACUGCAGUCAGAUCCGGCUACUACAAAACGUUCAUCAUUAAUGAAAUUUCGUAAAGAUGUUUUACUUGUUGAUUGUACGGUUUAUAUGCUUGAAUUCUGGGAACAUUUGCAGUUGGUAUUUCGAAAUUUUCAACAAUUUUUUCUACAUUCACACAACGAUGAUGAACGAAUGCACAUUUUACAUGAAUCAUUUGAAGAUUCAUUUCGAAAAAUUUUCUCCAUGAUUACUGAUCAACAUUUUUUCUAUACAUUUUCUAGGCAAUUUUUAUCGAUUUCUUCGGAAUUGAUGUUGUCAUUGGAAAGAUUUUUACUUGGUGACAUUGAAAUUGAAUCAUUAGAUCUUUCAGCAGAACGUUUUGAUCUUUAUUGUAAUAAUGAUGAUGAGAAAGAAACAUUUCUAUUGAAAACAUUUGAUGACACAAAAGAUGAUGAAAUGAAGAAAAAAUCAACAUUUUUCAUACUUGAAAGACUCAAUUGGCAACAAUAUUUGGAUGUUUUGGUUUGUUUGGAGAAAAUUUUAUUUGAUUGUUUUCAUCAAGAAUUUUAUCCACAAUUUCUAAUAUCACAAGAAUAUGAUCAAAUGUUGACAGAAUAUUUUGAAAAACGUAAAUCAUCCUCAUCAUCAUCAAUUAUUAUUGAUCUUUAUGAAAAACUUCCAAGUGAACAAUUGUGUAGUUAUUGGAAGAAUCAAACCAACUCGAAAAAAUUCCAUAAACUUAUGCAUGCUAUACGUAUGCGGCCGAUUGGAAAAACAUUGCUAACAUCAACAAUAAAUGGUCGUGUGGAAAAAAUUGAAAAAAAACUGAUUGAUCUGCAUAAAAAUCGUCGUAUGUUGUUCAAUUCGAUUGAGUUUCCAUUUUGUUAUCUUUCUACGGUGAAAUUAUUGCUAAUUAUACGAUUACGAUUAAAAUCGUGGAUACGUGAUAUUAUUAUGACGACUGCUGCUGAUGAUGAUGGUUCCAUACAGAAUCAAAUUCACAGUGAUUUACUUGCGAUAAUCUCGACUGAUAUUGAUCAAUUAUCCCGAUCGAUUAAUCGAUUACAUCGAAUAUUGGCGCGUACAUUUUGUUGGCUGAAUGCUGAUUUUAGUUGCGUUAUAACUGAUUCUAGAUUUCGUAAUGAUUUUGCCGAAAUAUUACAAUCAUCCACAGCGAAUACAGCUGAAUCAAAAAUAAUGGCAUUUGUCGAAAAUUUAUUUGUAUCACAAUCAAAUCAACAACAGAAAUCAAUCAAUCCGUUGAAUAAUAAUAAUCAUCAUCAUGGAUCAUCAAAUCCAAAUGCAAAUUUUCUAUUUCAAAUGAAUAUUACAGCAUUAUUAUCACGUUUUCAAUAUCAUCAUCAUGAUGAUGGUAAUCCAUCCAGGAAAUUAUUACCAAUUAUUGUACGCAAUGAUUUAAUGUCAAAUUGGUCAUAUCAAUGGUCCAUCGAAUUGACAUUGGAACAAUUGCAACAAUUUUAUUCACAAUCCAUACGACCAUUUUUGAGAUUCAUUUUGUUCCUUGGACGCUAUAAUCUUCAUAGUUAUCUUUCCACUAUAACUGAUCAUCUGCAACAUCGACAACAAAAUGAUGGAAAAAUUCUUAAAUUUUUAUCAUCACCAUCAUCAUCCACUAGUGUUGUUGGUGAUAAAAAUCGAAAAAUUGGAAAAUUUUCCUCAAAUUUUGAAUUGAGAAUUCUUGAAACAUUUUUACAUCGUUGCAAUCAAAUCCUCUUGGAGAUACGACAACUGAAUCGUUCAAUGGUUACCGUUAUAAAACAGAAGAAAAAACAACAGCCACCGAUUACAAACAGUACACUUUUGAAACGGAGAACGACAAAAAAUGCAACAACAUUGAAUUCAAUUUCAUUUCGAAAAUUACUUAAACGCGAUGAAACAAUUGCAUCGUCAUCGACAUCAGUUCAAAUUGAUCUGGACAUUGGUCAAGAUGCAAUUGAAUUAUUUGCCAAUGAUGGUGGUAAUGUUUUGGCCGUCGACAAUAAAUCUGAAAAAUCCGCACAAAUCAUUGAUCAGAUGAUUGAACGAACGGAAAAAUUGUUAAAUAUUUUAUUUCAACAAAUCACUGCACAAGAAUUGGUUGUCAAAUCGAUUGGAUUUCUACAACUUGUUGGCUAUGAUUGUGAAGAUUCAAAAUUGUCAACAUCAGCUAAAAAUGAUAUUGAUUCCAUCCAGUGUAUUCGUUGUUUUCUUGUUGAUUAUCUUUUUGAUUUGAAUGAAGAUUCCGGCCUUAAUCAAUUGGUUCAGAUUUAUAUGUUUCGUAUGUUAUUCGAUCCUAAUAAUGAUCUGGAUGAAUCAUUGGAUCGAAUAAUUGGACAUUUAAUUACACAUUCCGAUCAAUCAUUAUCAUCAUCAUCGAAUGAACCGAUUGAUAAUGAAAUUUUUGAAUCCGAAACAAAUGCGAAUGAUUCUGAUGAUUCUGCAAUAAUAAAUAAGCACAGUCUAACUAAUCGAUUGUUUUUUGCACAAAUGCGUUCAUUAUUGAUGGAGAAAACAUCCCGUGAUUGUUUUGAUUAUUGUCUAGAUCAAUUGAAAAUGUUUGAAAAAAAUGAAUCAUUCUCAUGCGAGAAUUGUCACCAUUCCAAGAAUCGAAAGAUUUCAUUGUCAUCGACCACCACCAAUAAUCAACCAUCAUCAUUAUCCACACAACCAUCAUCGUUGUCGCCAAAUCGAAAAUUUCGUCUAUUCAACGCACAGAUAUUAGAACAACAAACCGGACAAGAUGAUCAAGUAACCGUUUCAUCAUCAACAAAUCUUUUCGAUACGGUAUUUAAUACCGGCAAUAUUGGUAUUUUCACCAAUCUGUUUCGACAAUCAUCAACAAAAUCUACUACAGCAACAACAAAUACCACUGAUGAUGAUGUUGACAUCUUGUUGAAUGAAGCAAUGAUUGCUGGAUUAAAUGAUGAACCACCAUUACUGUUGAUGUCAUUAGAUGAAACUCAAUUAUUGGAGCCAUUUUUUCAGCUUGUCAUUGAGAUAUUUGAGUUAAAAGGCAAUACUGUAACACGCACAUUACGGCGUUUAUUAAUGUUUGUCACACGAUUAUUUUUUGGUUCAUCAAAAAUGUCACGUCCAUAUAAACAAUUUCUAGAAUCAUUAUUUACCGAGAAAAAUGUUUUCCAUUUAUUAUCACAGAUUGAUUUACAUCUGGAGAAAAUGUUGAAAAAUUCGCCAGAAAAUUUAUCAUCAACAGAAAAUCAACGGAAAAAUGAACCAAUGGAAAAAUCUGAAAAAUUUUUCAAACAACAACAAAAACAGCAGCAGCAGCAGAAGAAGAAAAUGAAUGAAACUAGUCAAAUUGAUAGCUAUCUAGAAGAAUUGAAUCAUUUGCUUUGUUCAUUAGAAAAUCAACCGCCAACACCUACAACACCGGCAACACCUACAAUGAUGACGUUUGAAAAUGAUCCAUCAAUUCAUUCACCACCACCACCGAUGAUGAUGAUGAUGAUGAUGGAUCAAAAUGAAUCCAAACAACAACCUCACAGACCAUCGUCGUCUUCGUCUUCGUCAUCAUCAUCAUCAUCAUCGGAUUCAUUAGAAGCAAUGAUGUCAACAACAUCAAUGCCAAGAAAUGAUGAAAAAAUUGCAGCAGAAAAUAUUGGCAAAAAAAUCGAAAAUCAUGAUUCAUCAUCAUUAGUUGAAGAUCCGGAUGAAUCGAUUAAAGAACGUAAAUUACAGAUUCUCGCUAAACAGCUUCUGUUUGCCGCUGUACCCACAAUCAUUAAUCAUCUUUUUGGGCAACAAAAUAUUGAUCGUGGCCUGAAUAAAUGUUUUGAUAUAUUACAAUAUCAAAAACUUAAUAAACAUCUUAUUUAUGAAUUCAUUGAAGCAUUCAUGUUGGAAUAUUUUCCAGAAUUUCGUAAACUUUCCAAAUGAAA